GCGACACCGGAAGAGCAGCACAAGGAGUUUCUCACCAAACUCAUGACCCGGUUUUACACUUGUAACCACCUGGAGUCCAAUCUGGCGAAUCUCCGACGGGCGGUGCGGAACCACAAGGAUCUGCACGAGGAUGCUACACGGGCACUUGAUUCCCGUGUACAGGACUUGGAGCAAGUUGCACCACGGUCAGAUGUUGGAGAGUCCAGCAGUGCACCCUCUACCCGCCAAUUGGAGGAACGAGGUUACCACGUAGUCGCAAUGCUCGGCGACAUCAGCACCUUCGCUGCACCAGCCACCAUCAGCAAGCAGCUGGACACCUUGAAGACCGAGGUUCAGCAACUGCACCAGCUGCCCAACAAGGAUGGCAACACCAGUGCGCGGCACUACAAGAUGCCGAUAUUCCGCACCGAAAAGUUCGAUGAUUAUACGCAUCAAGACCCGGUCCCCUGGUGGGAAGGCUUUACGACGGAACUUCGGAUUCUUUUUGUCCCUGAGCACUCGUACACCGGCGCGUUGUUCCUCAACUCAAAGGGCGGAUGCCAGAUCUGGCUCAGCCACCUGGCAACCAUCCACAACGUCCAAGUCGCCGAUCUACAUAAGAAGAUCUCUUGGGACGAGUUGACGAGGUUAUGGAAGAAGCGGUUCAUCGUGGACGACGCCCCAACGCUCGCCAUGGACCGCCUCUUCAGCAUGACUCAAGGCAAUACACCAACACGUGACUGGCUCACGGAAUGGCCAAAGAUCGUGGCAACGCCCGAUCUCGAGUUGCCAUUUUUGCAUUUGCGUUGGGAGUUCUACAACCGGUCAUGUGCCGCCUUGAGCCUCGCACUUGGUGAUCCUGAGCAAUACACGACCUGCGCCGAAAUCAUCAGUAAGGCAAGGGAGAUCAUCAAGACCAACAAGGCAGCUGCACACGAGAAGUCAGCGUGGCAGCCAACCUAUGUGGAGAAAGGAAAAUUUGGUCCGCGUCCGCAGCAUGUCGCUGCAGUCCCAAGCAUCACGUGAGGGAGAUCAGGUGGCCGUUGUCCAGCCGCAAAGCAACAACAACU